CACACACACACGCACGCACACACACCCGACGCGCACAGACACACACGCUCACUCCCUCCCUCCGGCGCUCUACUCCGCGCCCUCCCGCCAGCCCGCCUCGCACGCACCGACCUCGGCUCCUCCGGCUCCCCGCUCCCGCCGCCUAGCGAAGCCGUGCUGGGCUCGGAGCUGCUCAUGGAGAAAGUGCCGGGCGACAUGGAGAGAGAUCGCAGGGAGCGGAGCGAGGAGCUGUCCGAGGCAGAGAGGAAGGCGGUUCAGGCUACGUGGGCCCGGCUGUAUGCCAACUGCGAGGACGUGGGGGUGGCCAUCCUGGUGAGGUUCUUUGUGAACUUCCCAUCAGCCAAGCAGUACUUCAGCCAGUUUAGACACAUGGAGGACCCCUUGGAGAUGGAGAGGAGUCCCCAGCUGCGGAAGCAUGCCUGUCGAGUCAUGGGGGCCCUCAACACUGUCGUGGAGAACCUGCAUGACCCGGACAAGGUCUCCUCUGUGCUUGCCCUGGUUGGCAAGGCCCACGCCCUCAAGCACAAGGUGGAACCCGUGUACUUCAAGAUUCUCUCUGGGGUCAUUCUGGAGGUGAUCGCCGAGGAGUUUGCCAAUGACUUCCCUCCUGAGACGCAGAAAGCCUGGGCCAAGCUGCGCGGUCUCAUCUACAGCCAAGUGACUGCUGCCUACAAGGAAGUGGGCUGGGUACAGCAGGUCCCCAACAGCACCACCCCACCGACCACACUGCCCUCUUCGGGGCCAUAGGACCCUCUCAGCUUCCCCCCUCCCUGGCAGCACUUUGGGCAGAAGGCUGAGUUCUGAAGACACUCCUUGACCUUCCAUUUCUGGGUGCCAAGGAAGCUGGAGGAAUCCCGACUCAACUUCCCGAAAGGAGGUCUUCAUCAUGGCCCUGGUACCCCAGGCUGCUGGGAGGUGGGGCUGGCUACCUUGAUGCUGAACCUAGCAGUGGGGACCCUUCUGCCUCACAGCAGGGGGCGCCCUCAUCUUAGCUUUUCUACUUACUGUUAGAGAGGGACCUAGCAAGUGGCCGGUGGGAAGCCAGGACGAGCCUACGGGUCACUUCAGAAAGGAACUAGCCCCGCUUCGUCUGCCCACCAGCAUGCAGGCUCACCUCACCAUCUCUAGAGUAUCACGCACACAUGUCUACCAUAUAUACAGAUAUAUCUAUAGACGACCUCUAUAUAAAUAUAUAUACGUACAUAUCUAUCGCGUGCACCUGCAGGCCCAGAAGCCUCGGUCUUGCCCAGCUAUGGGAGGCCAGGAGGAGUCCUGGUCAUGCUUCUGGGAAGUUCUAUGAGGAGCAGGGAAAAAUCCUACAAUAGCACCAGAGGUGGGGCCUGGUGGUAGAGUUGGGGUGACUCAGCUCGCCCACAUAGCUCCGUGCUCUGCAUUCCUGCCCCUCUACAAGAAAGAAAGAAGGAAAGAAAGGAAGGAAGGAAGGAAGGAAGGAAGGA